AUGCGUGUCGGCGCCUUUCGUUUAUUGACUUCCAGCCUGGCAGUCUGGUCUGCGAUAGGUAGCGUUUGCAAGCCGAGGUCGUCAGCUUCCAUUCUUUCCUCUCUGUCAACGUCGGAAGGCUUCAGUUCCACGUUUGUUUCCGCAUCAACAUCAAUCUUGACCCACGAUGCCGCUACCACGACUGGAGCCGUCACUACUACCACAACUUUGGAGGAACUAGUCUUGACAGAUACGAGUUCCACCACUGAAAGGGCUAUUGUCGAAUCAACAACAUCGACUGAACCAUCAUCCACGAUGACGGAAGUCUCAUAUUCCUCUACCACGACCACUAAUGAUCCAACAUCUACGUCCAUGUCGACGUCCGCAGCGACUACUUCGGAAGCACCAACGCCAUCGUUCAGAGUCGUACCUUUCCGUCCCCCCUUUAAUGGCCAACCCAUUGUAUCAAACCAAAUAAAUGGCCAUCUGCUUUCCUUUCCUGCAACGGAGAGGCCGGAAUACACAACUGGCAUAUUCACCAUUGAUCCUCGCAACGGCCAUCUUCUGCUAGACAACACACUACCCAUAUGCGCAUUUUUCGGCAUUGACGCCAAUGAAGCACGACUCAAAGUCUGUCCAGCUUCCCUGACACGGCAGGAUGCAAUGCUUACUUGUCAAGCGACGGACGACGCUGAGCUGGAAUAUACUGCCCCUUUUAUUUACUGCAGAGAAGGCUCGGACUCCAUCGAGUGUGUUGACGUUGGUGGUAACGUUGAUUAUAUGGGCCCAGUCUGUUUUGAGGAUACUGGUACUUGUGGUGUGCUUAUGGGAGAUUUCCGAGUGGAUGGUGUGACGGCAAUGUUAAUUUCUUAUGUAUAA